CCAAGUUUCAGGUUAGUUAUCGCAUACCUGCGGUAUCCAGAUGCAACAUCGGUGAAAAUACGUCUGUAUUGCCGAUUUUUGUAAAGUUUUACGAAGGGAAUUAGUCUCUGAUACGAGGCAUAACAAACUCAUCGAGCGCAGCAACGCUAAACGGUAGAGAUGUUGGAAGCACAUAGGUCUGCCAAGCCUCCGAGCUCUUCCAGGCACAUUUUAACAGUUCAGUUAUGUAAAUAUUCAUAUACGGACGUUAUUUUCCACACGUACUAUUCCCGCCGCUGUUUAAUUUCACCCGAUAAUACGAAAAGAAAAGCAGCGCACUCACGAAACCGACCGUUGAAGAGACGCUUGGGAUCGACUAUCUUCGUUUUGCCUGCGAUUCUCGAACCAUCCAAUAUCGAUACUCUCGAACGAGCGCGCGACACGUCGAUAGUUGAGUUUGGUUGAGUUGUGGUGCGAGUAAAUACGUGUUACGGCUCGUGGUGGGUCGGGAUCGGGUAGAAGAUCGUCGAAAUACUUCGAGAAGGUAAUCCAGAAGUAUCUGGGAUACUACACGCAGGAGCCACGCUUAUGGUUGGCCGAUGGAGGAGCACGCGAAAAAAGAUUGCUGCAUAUUCGAGCAAUACUCGUCGGUGAUCCACGAGAAGAAAGCAGACGAUGCACCAUGCGAAGACGCAAGAUUACCCUAAACGCAACAAAGUCCGCCACAGAAAAUCAGACAAGAGCUCGGCACUUAGUAAAAUGGUGGGAUUAGGUAGCGAAGAACUGUUCAUUUCGAAUAUCGCCGAUACCCCUAUGGAAUUGGAGAUCAGCUCCGAAGAUGAGGGCGAAGGCGGAGGCGAUAUGCAACGAUUGAUACCAUCGCCGGUUGGCACUGUCCGCGUUGACCCUGGUAACAAGAAGGAUGACCUGAGGAGGGACGAACUGGAAAUCACGAUGGACGACGAAAGCGUCUGGUCUAUCUCUAUCCAGAUGUUCAUACCUUUCCUGCUCGCCGGCUUCGGCAUGGUAGCCGCUAGUUUACUACUAGACGUGGUGCAGCAUUGGCCGGUAUAUCAAGUGGUAUCGGAAGUGUAUAUAUUAGUUCCUGCGCUAUUGGGUCUGAAGGGAAAUCUGGAGAUGACGUUGGCUUCCAGAUUGUCGACCCAAGCUAAUUUAGGUCAAAUGGACACGAAGAAGCAGAAGUGGACGUUGAUCGUCGGUAACUUGGCCUUAAUCCAGUGCCAGGCUAUGGUGGUGGGUCUGCUGGCGUCCUUGGCCGCCAUCAUCCUCGGCUGGGUCCCUGAAGCUCACUUCGAUAUGCAUCAUGGACUUUUGCUAUGCGCCAGCGCCCUGGUUACUGCCUCCGUAGCCAGUUUCCUGCUAGGCCUUGUGAUGGUCGCGGUUAUACUAUUGUCGCGGCAAAUGAACAUCAAUCCCGACAAUGUCGCUACUCCAAUCGCAGCCUCCUUAGGCGACUUAACUACUUUAGCUCUUUUAUCCUGGAUUGCUUCUCUCUUAUACGACGCGAUAGGUAACGCUCCAUGGAUAGCACCAAUAUUAAUAACAUUUUGUAUAUUGGCAACUCCCGUGUGGGGUUACAUAGCGGCCAGAAAUCCAUUUACUAAAGAGGUAUUGGACACCGGCUGGACACCUGUGAUAUCCGCGAUGUUGAUCAGCAGUCUCGGUGGACUGAUCUUGGACUAUACCAUAUCGAGUUACAAGGGCAUAGCAGUUUUCCAGUUAGUGAUUAAUGGCGUCGGAGGGAAUUUAGUCGCUGUUCAGGCCAGUAGAAUAUCAACAUCCCUGCACAAAGACUGUCAGACGGGUGUCAAAACGACACCCAACAUUUGCAUCAGUCCAUUCCAUGCGUUCUUUGCUAAAGGAGGACACGCAAGAACAGCCAGGGUGUUGUUGAUGAUGGUGAUACCAGGGCAUUUGAUCUUUAGUUAUACCAUUAGUUAUAUUCAAGCAGGACAUACCUCCUUCACGCCUAUAUUUAUUACAAUAUAUUUGAUCGCUGCAAUGCUGCAAGUAAUUCUAUUGUUAUAUAUUGCACAAUUGAUGGUUGUUUGGAUGUGGACAAGGGGUAUGGACCCUGACAGUUCCGCGAUACCAUACCUGACAGCAGCUGGCGAUCUUAUAGGAACUGCCCUCCUCGGAAUUGCCUUCCAUAUUCUUUACGCUAUAGGCGACGGUGAUUCUGACGUAGGAGACUGAUUGGUUCGCAAAUUUGUGCAAUAUUCUGAGCCUCUCGUAAUGUUACAGAUUACAUUCUCGAGAAUAGGUAAGGUGUACGGUCAAGAGUUUAACUCGAAAUCACAAAGAUCACGUUGCGAUGAUUCGAUAUUACUGAUUUUAAUUUCAAUAAGUUCUACUACUGAUUUUUCGAAACUCCCGUCCCCUGAUUCCUUCACAUCUCUGGAAGAAUAUAUUAAGAGAGUACAAAUUAAAUUAAUUGUAUAUUUAUUAUAUAAAAGUACAGUGUACGCAAAAAAAGUGCAGUAUUCGUCAAUAGUUUUGCUUUAUCCAUAAUUAUUUAAUUACGAUGAUAAAAAUUGCGAUAAAAUUUAAAAGUUAAUAUAUUUUUAAUAUAAGGGUACGUAUCUUGCUACAUCUCAUGCUAUACGUUGACCAAACCAUACAUUAUCAUAAUGAGAUUUAUCAUAAUGAGAUUUUUUUAUAUUCGCGGACAGAUAUGCUAAUAGAUUUUCCCGACAUAUCUGUCCGUUAUAAUGCACAUAUGUCAGCAAUAUAAUUUCUUUUAACGUACAUCUAUAUAACUACGCUAUGAACAACACUUGAAGUUAUUCGAAUACCUUUUCAUUUAAUUUUCAUUUUAGUCAUAAAAUGCCUAUACAUAUACACAUAAACCAUAUAUAAUAAUUUGGUUCACCUGUACGAAAUAUGCAGAUACACAUAAGUGUACGCAUAACUAUUAAUUCAUACGUAUCACAUUAAUCAAAUGAUAAGUGAAAACUCUGUGCACUGUUUUUUUAUAUAAGCACUUAAAUAUAUCAACUCGAUACGUCUUAUGUCACGUCAUAUUUGACACGAUGGUUAAAUGAGUUAUAAUAUAUUACAUUUAAAUUUUGAUGAAUUUUUUCACGACAUGCAUUUUGAGGCUUUUUUACUAUAAGAUAAAACAAACUUUUUGAGCAAUAUACUAUAUCUAAACAAUGCAAGAAAUAAAUUUAUUCUGUAUUGUAUUAUAAGAAAAAUCUCACGCUCCAUUGUGAGUAGCAUGUGUGUAAUAAUUUAUCUCCCGUAUUUUCUAGUAAAGAAAAUAUACAAUGAAGAAUUAAAA